AACUGUUUCAACAAGCCAUGGCAGUGGACCCCGGUAGUCAGCAGGCAGCAGCUAGAGGGGCAUUUGGAGUAGCCUCGCUUCGUCCGUGUCGCCCCAUUUCCAAGCAGUGUUCCUUUAAGCUUGACUCAAGCAGCUUCGCGUCCAGAUUCAGUGAAUCUCGCGUGUCCGUUUCUGUGCCGUUGCGCGUUCUCCCCUCGCCCAGCUCUGCUUCCACCGCUUCCUCCACCCCCUUUCCGACUGCGCCUGACUUGCGCCACUUCCGCAGAGCCACGCACGCAGCUACCGGCGCGCAAUCAGCGCAAAAAGGAAGCCGCAGAUCCAGGCAGCGUUCUGAUGCAGAAGGACGGGAUGGAGGGGACGAGCGGAGGGGAAGGGGAAAGGCGCAAGAGACUAGAGGAUCCGCUGACGUGGGCUCUUCGGAUAGGCUGUUAGUGGAGCAGCAGCAGCAGCGGUGGGCUGACGUGGCAGCUGACAUGGACUUCCUGACCAGGACGGUUCGGCUGGUGCAGUGGUACCCAGGGCACAUAGCCAAGGCGGAGAGGGACCUAAAAGAGCAACUGAGAUGGGUGGACGUGGUGAUCGAAGUGAGGGACGCGAGAAUACCCCUGGCCACCACACACCCUCAGCUGGACGAGUGGAUUGGCGACAAGCCGAAAGUACUGGUGCUGAACCGAGAGGACAUGGUGACGGCAGCAGAUCGGCGCGCAUGGGCGGAGUACUACGGAUCGGGAGAGGAUGGCGGUGCGUUCUGCUUCACCGACGGGCAGCAUGGGGCGCAGUGGCGGGCUGUGGAACGCGGCGUCCAGAUAGAGCGCGGACGGCCGGCUGUAGGAGAGUUUGCUAUAGGGCGUGUGCCGCCGUCUGGCUUUGUCAGGGCCAGGAGCCGCGAGGGAGUGAGGAGAUCCGCUACCUCCUCUGGUAAGUCCCCACGCAUGGCACUUGUGACUAAGGUGCAGGAGCGGGAUGAGCAGGGUGAUCGCAAAGAGUGGGCGAAGGUUUGGCGGUACUCGGCGGCAAAUGGGGGGCUCGAUGCCCGAGGAUACGUCCUCGCGGCAAAUUCCCGCUCUGGGGAGCUGGUGCUGCAGACCCGACUCAAGAGCGUCGGCGAGGUGGCUGCUGCACGUCUGCCUCAACGCUGUCGUCCUCCGUGCUGGAUGCUGCUUGCUGGUCAG